AUGAGAGCCAGACCACAGCUCAGAGCCCAGAGGUGCACGGUGUACCAGGGUCUGCUGGACCUAAGCCUAAAACUAAUCCAGAACCUGGACCUGAACCCAGCUGUGUUUCCUUAAAGAGUGACCUGUCGAAGGAUAUUGGUGCUGACUUUAAAAAAGAACUUUUAUGUGACAAAGAGAUCAGUAAGAAGCCAGAAUCUCCUGGACCUGAACCCAGCUGUGCGUCUUUAAAGAGCCAUCAGUCAAAAGAUAUUGGUGAAAAUUUUAAAGGAUGUCCUUCUCCUGCCAAGAGAGUGGACCAGGAGAGAGCAGAGGUUUCCACUGGUCAGUCUGCACAGCAGCGUCAAACACACCUGGACUCUGUGUUUAUGCGGCUGGAGGACAACAUUAUGAUGUUUGUGAAGAAUGAGCUGAAGAAAACCAAAAAGGUUCUGAGUCCAGAUGACCCAGAAACCAUAAAAAGCCAGAGGGAGGAUAAGGAGAUGUUUGAAGGUGAGGAUGAAGAUCAAAGAAAGAGCUGCAGAGAAGCAUUUCUGAAGAUCACAUUACACUUCUUGAGGAGACUUAAGCAGCAUGAGAUGGCUGACCAUCUGCAGAGCAAAAUAUUUGCUCCACUCUAUAAACGUGAACUUAAAGCCCAACUGAAGAAGAAGUUCCAGUGUGUGUUUGAGGGAAUCGCUAAAGCAGGAAACCCAACCCUUCUGAAUCAGAUCUACACAGAACUCUACAUCACAGAGGGAGGGACUGCAGAGGUCAAUGAUGAACAUGAGAUCAGACAGAUUGAAACAGUAUCCAGGAAAUCAAAGGGACCAGAAACAACAAUCAGACAAGAAGAUAUCUUUAAAUCUUCACCUGGAAGAGAUGAACCAAUCAGAACGGUGCUGACAAAGGGAGUGGCUGGCAUUGGGAAAACAGUCUUAACACAGAAGUUCACUCUGGACUGGGCUGAAGACAAAGCCAAUCAGGAAAUCCAGUUCAUAUUUCCAUUCACUUUCAGAGAGCUGAAUGUGCUAAAAGAGGAAAAGUUCAGCUUGGUGGAACUUGUUCAUCACUUCUUUACUAAAACUAAAGAAUCAGGAAUCUGCAGGCUGGAAGACUUCCAGGUUGUGUUCAUUCUUGAUGGUCUGGAUGAGUGCCGACUUAGUCUGGACUUCAACAAAACUAAAAUCCUGACUGAAACAAGAAAGUCCACCUCAUUGGAUGUACUGUUGACAAACCUCAUCAAGGGGAACCUGCUCCCAUCUGCUCACCUCUGGAUAACCACACGUCCUGCAUCAGCCAGUCAGAUCCCUCCUGAGUGUGUGGACAUGGUGACAGAGGUCAGGGGCUUUACUGACCCACAGAAGGAGGAGUACUUCAGGAAGAGAUUCAGAGAUGAGGAGCAGACCAGCAGGAUCAUCUCCCACAUCAAG